UCCUUCCCGGGCUCUCAGUUCACCUUUGUAACUGUCCCACCCUCCGGCGGAGCUGCGGCCCUAUUUGGGUACGAGAGAAGUGCCGCUGGACUCGCUCAGGGUCGCUGGCCUCCCGGCCACUCGGGAAGGUGUGAGGGCUGUCGCCUGGCUGAUUUCCCUGGGGCAGGCUCGCCCCUGCCCUGGUAGAGCCGGUAAUCCCUGCCCCUCCAUCAGGCCGCCCUUCAGUGGCUAUAGGUGGACUGAACCAGCUGGCGUGAGAGGAGUUGAGUGCAACGCGGCUGGUGCUAAAGGUAUUUGGAUACCGCUCCAUGCAGGGAGACCACCGGAUGAUACACUCUGCCAGCACCAAAUACCUCAUGGGAGAUGGCUUGGAGGAUCUCAACAAAACCAUGCUGGACAGCCUGUCCUUGGUUUUGCAGGGGCUCACGGGCCAGAGUCUGGAUGCUAAUUGCUGGCGUGAAGAUGGCCUCUUCCACUUCUGCUACAACGUGUUGUUCAAGGCCGGCUACCUGAGCUUAUUUGGCUAUACAAAGAACCAGGAGCAGGACCUGCUACAGGCAGAAGAGUUAUUUGUCCAGUUCCGCAAGUUUGAUCGCUUGUUCCCCAGGUUUGUUUAUUCCUUACUGGGGCCCCGGGAGUGGCUGGAAGUGGGCAGACUGCAGCGUCUCUUCCACAAGACACUCUCUGUGAACCACAACCUGGAGAAGAAUGGCAUAAGCAACUGGAUAUCCCACAUGCUUCAGUUUCUGAGGGAGCAGGGAACAGCCCCAGCCAUGCAAGACAAAUUCAACUUCAUGAUGCUCUGGGCCUCCCAGGGUAACACGGGGCCUACCUCCUUCUGGGCCCUUUUGUUUCUCCUAAAGCACCCAGAAGCCAUGCGUGCUGUGAGGGAGGAGGCCGCCCAAGUCCUGGGGGAGGCCAAGCUGAAGGCUAGGCAAUCCUUUGACUUUGAGAUCAGUGCCCUACACCACACUCCAGUGCUGGACAGCGUGAUGGAAGAGACACUGCGGCUUGGGGCUGCACCCACCCUCCUCAGGGUGGUGCACGGUGACCAUAUGCUGAAGAUGGCCAGUGGACAGGAGUACUUGCUCCGUGGUGGAGACAUUGUCGCUCUCUUCCCUUAUCUUUCAGUGCACAUGGAUCCUGACAUCCACCCAGAACCCACUGCCUUCAAGUACAAUCGCUUCCUCAACCCCAAUGGUAGUCGUAAGGUGGACUUCUACAAGGCAGGCAAGAAGAUCCACCACUAUACCAUGCCGUGGGGCUCGGGUGUCUCCAUCUGCCCUGGGAGGUUCUUGGCCAUCAGUGAGAUGAAGCUCUUUGUCCUGCUCAUGGUCACCUACUUUGACCUGGAACUGGUGGACCCUGAUAUACCUGUGCCACCUGUGGACCCCCAGCGCUGGGGCUUCGGCACCACCCAGCCCAGCUAUGAGGUGCGCUUCCGCUACCGCUUGCAUCCUACCGAGUGAGCUCUGCCAAGGUGGCCACAAGCCUGGCCAGGGAGACCCCAAGGGAGCCUCCUCUCACCCCUCUGAAGCCGCCUCACCCUUCCCUCUGGUUCUGUGAUAUCUCCUGCCUGUGUCCUGCUUGCCUUCCUUGCUCUCUGGCUUUCCUCUAGCUUCCUGAUAGGUUUGUCUUUUUCUCUUAAAAACAUCUCUCACAGUGGGUUCUGCAGAACCUUCCUCUCAUACGAAGUCCAGGGGAAGGGGGAAAUAUUUGAGAGAAACUUAGUUGGGGAAAUAAUGGCGUACCUUGACAAGUCCUGCAGUAGAGAAAGUGGUUACCAUGAGUAACACAGUGUCUUACAAAUGUUAACCUCCACCCUCCCACCUCACUAUCUUAUUUUCCUCAAUGCUUAUUCCACAUCCUGUGGAAUUCACAUUCAUCCAAAGAAAUACAAGGCAAGCCACGUGUGUAAUUUUUAAUUUCUUAGUUGACAUGUUUUUUAGAAGAUAAAAAGAAACAGGUGAAGUUCAUGUUUAUAAUAUACUUAACUUAGCCCAAUAUAUCAAAAUAUUAGCAUAUCAAUAUAAGAACAUUAGUAAAAUAUACAUAUAUAAGAAUAUUGUGAAAU